AUGAACCUGGCCUUUGCAAGAGAUGCAGCUGUGAAUCAGGACAUGGACAGGGAUUGUUCGGCUCCGCUGCCGGCCUUUCUCGGGCUCCUCGAGCGGCGACAGGAGCACCUCGGGCGGCAGCAGCUGCGGGACCCGGGACUCGGGGAGCUCUCGGGGUGCCGCGUUCCCGGGCAGCAGCACACGACCCGUUUCCGAUGCCGGGCUUUGGAUCUGCGGCAGCGCCGGGCACAGCUGACUGUGAGCAGAGCCCAGGUGCAGCAGGAGCCGUUGGUAGAGACCAGCGAGGGCACCGGCAUCAACAUCACCUGCUCACACCCCAACAUACAGUCACAUGAAUACAUCCAGUGGUACCGUCAGCUUUCAGGCCAAGGACCAGCAUUCCUCGUCAGCGCUGUUACAGGCUCCAAGAAGGUGCCGGACCCGGAGGGGCAGCUGUGGGUGUCGGCAGACCGCCGCUCCAGCGCCCUGUGUCUCGCCCGGCCCCGGCUCGGGGACGCGGCGCUGUAUUACUGCGCCGUGGACACACGGAAGCGAAGCCGGGGCUGCGGCCGGGCACGAACCGCUUGGGGCGGGGCGGGGGCACAGUGCCGUCCGGGCCCGCAGGGGGCGCUGCCUGCAUGGCCGCCAAACUCCAUCCUGACCGGGGUGCGCCGCCCUGAGCUCUACACAGAAACGAGCUCUGCUCCCAUAGCAGCCACUGACUGAGGCCCAUGUCGGUCAGAGUUACUUUUGAGUUGGACGAGAUGGCAUUACAGACAACGCAAGCUGUGUCUGACAACGGAAAGACAUUCACACAGUUCUAUUUCAUCUCGUGCUCUCUGCUUCUUCCCCAGUGCAGUACAUCUCAGAGCAGAAGAGCCCUGUUCUUACGAGCCCACAGCGUUGCUUAUUCCCAUGACCUUCCACACAGUCACAGCUUUUCCUGUGAGCACUGCAGAGGCUGUGUUCUCUCUUGUGCAGGUAGCUGUAUGCAUAAACGCUACAGUCAGAGGCCAAUAGUUGCCUCCUCUGGCACUGCCAGGUGUGUCUUGUUCAGCUGCAAGAGACAAUGCUGAAGAGACAAGCCUCUGCAGUAUCUCAUACCCUCGCAUUCUUUUGGGAAUGGAGAAGGAUCUCUAUAAACAUUCAUCCUAUACCUGCCAGGAGCAAAUCCAUUCUCUCUGGGCAUCUUUGGAGGCCACACACGAUGAGAAAGAAUAUCAAAGACUUACACUAAGAUGCAGAAAUCUUUAAUGAAUUUUUAAAUAGGAAAAUGAGAUCACUCAGAGCAGAGGCUCCACAGUACAGGAUUCCCAUGAUCCCAUGUUUGUUUGAGUUCAUGCUAGGCACGUGUCUUAUUUUCUAGCAGAGAAUGGACUGGUUCUGAGGAAACUCAC